AUGUCCGUGUCGGAGCUGCUGUACCCCGCGCCCCACCAGGGAGGAUACCCUCCCUUCUCCGCCGCGUACAGUGGAGCAGGCCAGAACAGUCCCUCCAUGCCCUACAGUGUUAUGUCGCAUUACGAUCACAGUACCUCUCACAGUGUCAUGUGCAGCCAACAGUGCCAACCCUCGACGACAGUGUCUUCUCCUGUGUGGUCCUCGCCUCACCCUACCACGUCCUCGUACUCCGAGGGGCGCCCCAGUCCCUCCUGCUCGCCCAUGAGCAGUUGUGAAAGCCUGGAGGCGGGCUCUCCGCGCCCCUGGAACGCCCAAAACGCCGGCCCUGCGUCCUGGUCGUGGGGCGCCCCCGGAACCACACACCCGCUCCUGGCGGCCUCUUCGUCCUCCAAUUCCUCGUCGAGCUGCGCCUCGUCGAUCCUGGCGUCGCAGGGGAAGCAGACGAAGGCCAGGAGGAAGCCGCCCAAGCCCGUGGCCCGCGACGUGAUCAAGAGGCGCCGCCUGGCCGCCAACGCGCGCGAGCGGCGCCGCAUGAACGGCCUCAACGACGCCUUCGAUCGCCUCCGCGAAGUGAUCCCGGCGCUCAGCGGGAACCAGAAGCUGUCCAAGUUCGAGACGCUGCAGAUGGCGCAGACGUACAUCACUGCGCUCGCCGAACUCCUGCACUAGAUGUGGCUUCGUCCUGCACUGGAGCAGCUCCUUUCCAUAUCU